AUGAAUGCAAGCAUUCUCACCAAGGCAGUGGCACCGGGCCGUCUGCUGUCCAGCCGUAUUUCCAGGCAAUCCAAGCUCAAGGAUUCGGUCUGCAAACGCGCCCAAAUCCACACCGUCACUUGUACCGUUAGACCCACGAAGCCUCUAGCUUCCCGGGUGACAUCUCAAGCUCCCUCAUCCAAACGUGCAUUUCAUGCGACAUCCACCAACCUCGCACCGAGCGACCCCUACAAGACCCUGGGUGUUGACAAAUCAGCAUCUGCGGGCGACAUCAAGAAGGCAUACUACGGCCUAGCGAAGAAAUACCAUCCCGACACCAACAAAGAUGCCGGAGCCAAGGAGAAGUUUGGCGAGAUCCAGAGCGCAUACGAAAUCCUGUCCGACCCCAAGAAGAAGCAGCAAUUCGACCAGUACGGCGCUGCCGGCUUCGACCCCAGCGGCGGCGGCGGCGACCCGUUCGGAGGCGCUGGAAACCCAUUCGGCGGCGGGUUCGGAGGACAGGGCGGGUUCGGCGGCGCCGGCGGCUUCAACUUUGACGACAUCUUCUCCGCGUUCACGGGCGGCCAGGGCUUCGGACGCCGCGGCGGCGGCGGAGGAGGCGGACGGAACCCGUUCCAGCAGGAGAUCCUGGUGGGCGACAACAUUGAGGUGCAGUCGAGCAUAUCCUUCAUGGAGGCGGCCAAGGGAACGAGCAAGACCAUCACGGUGACGCCCCUGACGGAGUGCGGGACGUGCACGGGCAGCGGGCUCAAGCAGGGCACCAAGCGGUCGGCGUGCAAGUCGUGCAACGGGACGGGCACGCGGGUGCACUUCAUGAACGGCGGGUUCCAGAUGGCGUCGACGUGCGGCGGCUGCGGCGGCACGGGCACGACGAUCCCCCGGGGGUCGGAGUGCAGGUCGUGCGCGGGCAACGGCGUCGUGAGGGAGCGCAAGACCAUCACGGUCGACAUCCCCGCGGGCAUCGAGGACGGGAUGCGUCUGCGCGUCGACGGCGCGGGCGACGCGCCCGUGACGGGCAAGAACGCCGAGGCGGGCAUGCGGACGCAAAAGGGCGACCUCUACGUCUUUGUGCGCGUCGCGACGGACCCCAAGUUCCGCAGGGCCGGGUCGGAUAUCCUGUACACGGCCAGCAUCCCCAUCACGACGGCGAUGCUCGGCGGCGAGGUCACGGUGCCGACGCUCGACGGGCAGGUCAACGUCAAGGUGGCCACGGGCACCAACACGGGCGACAAGCUGACGCUGUCGGGCAUGGGCAUGAAGAAGCUCAACGGCAGGCGGGGCGGCUCCGGCGACCUCAAGGUGGAGUUCCGGGUGAAUAUGCCAAAGUACCUGAGCGCGAACCAGCGUACGCUGGUGGAGAUGCUGGCGAACGAGAUGGGAGACAAGACGGCGCGGAAGAUUAUGAACGUCACUCCCCAGGGAACCCAGCCAGCAUCCCCUGAUGACUCUGAGACUCACAAGAACGAGGGCUUCCUCAAGUCCAUGUGGCACACCCUGACGAACCACCCGGCUCACCAGAAGCCUGGUGAGGACGGUGCGGCACCAACGGAUAAGAAGACGGACGAGAAGAAGGACGAGUCCAAGAAGGACUCUUGA